AUGACAAACAAAGGCUUCUACAAUAUCAGCGUUGAAAAUACCAAGUCUGGUUUCUAUGUUACAUAUACAUUGAACCCCAUGAAGAAUAUCCUCUCACGUUCCGUCCUAGCUAAGUCUGGAGAAAUUCAGCAAUAUGCACUGCUUGAUGACGCUAAGUGGAACUUGUUCUGGUCUCAACCAAGAGAUCAAUGUGCCGUAUAUGGUCUGUGCGGCGCUUACGGAAACUGCAACCCCAACGAUAUUCAAUUCUGCAGCUGUGUGGAAGGAUUCACCCCCACAGACAUCCAGGCCUGGGAUUCGCGAGAGUCAUGGUCCAGUGGCUGUGUUCGGCAAAGACCCUUAAACUGUGAUACUAAAAAUAGCAGCACGGACGGAUUCCUCGAGCCGAGCGUCACGUCGCCUAAUGUUGAUUCCGCUUCCUCAUACCCUGCAACCACAAAGAAUGAUUGCCAGAAAGCCCGCCUCCUCAAUUGCUCGUGCACUGCGUUUACUUUCAAACCGCCUUUCAGGCCGUGCCAAAUCUGGUCAGGAGAUUUGUUAAAUAUGUAUAAAAGUGAACCCAAAAGCAAUUGA